AUGACCGAAGAAACUCAUAACGCGCCCGUUGAACCAAACGCAGUUGAAGAGCCAUUGGAUUUGGUCCGUUUAUCACUUGAUGAACGAAUAUAUGUGAAAUUACGCGGGGAUCGAGAAUUACGUGGCAAACUUCAUGCAUAUGAUGGUCAUUUGAAUAUGGUUUUAGGGGACGUCGAAGAAACUAUUACAGUCGUAGAAAUCAAUGAAGAAACUUACGAAGAAGUGAUUCGU